AGCCCAUCAUCUCAGUCCACUUGCUCGUAUCAAGUCACACAAGAUGAGCUACAUCACUCGCCGAGGUCUUUCGACCCUGAUCCCUCCCAAGAUCGCUUCUCCUAACGCGAUUGGCGCUGCCAAGGAUGCUGCCCGUAUGGACCGCGUUGUGAACUUCUAUGCCCGCCUUCCCCGUGGCUCGGCUCCUGAAGUUAAGCCUACUGGUCUCAUUGGCCGCUACCAGGCUCGUUACUUCGGCAAGAACCCCUCUGCUGCUCCCCUUGCCCACGCCAUCGGUGGCAUUCUCCUCCUCGGCUACAGCAUGGAGUACUACUUCCACCUCCGCCACCACAAGAACCACCCCCACUAAAUUUUCUCGCUAUGAUUUGAGGGGCGCGGAAGAUUUGUGUAUAUACCGCUGACCUAGAAUGAAGGCAAUGUAGAACACAUUCAAGCUUAUUUAUUACGUUUCACAGAUGCCUAGUUAGUGGUGACUCACCGUUGUCUCCAGAUCAUUUAUGAUUGUGUCAUAGGAUGACUAAAGUAACAAUGAAUCAUAUCUUGCGCUACUUCAAGGAAUGAUCUUUAGUCAUGUUAACUAUAGACUGGUAUUAGUGACAAAAAAGUCUGGAUCAUGUGAAUACAAUAAACUAGGAUUGAAAAGGAAGAA